AUGUCUCGGGAACGCGCUCACGCCACGCACCGGCGACAGUGCGACGUCGGAGGAGAUGGYGGCGUCGGCUGUAGCAACUGUGGCACGGACGACGCGACGGACGCCGCAACAGACGACGGUGACGACGACCACGACGACGGUGACGACGACCGUGACGACGGUGACGGCGACCGCUGCGAGGACGGCGACGAUGGCGACGGACACAGAGACGCACGCGGCAACGACAACGACAACAACAACGACGGAUACGAUGACCACGGAGACGACGAGUUUAACGAAGACGACCACCGUCUGGCGAGGGCUAUCGCAAAAAUGGCCUUUGACGACGCGAUACCGGCGCCCCGGCGCCCCGGCCACCACAUCGUCGUCUCGUCGACCACAGUCCGAAGCUGGUGUUAA